UUAUACAAUCAAAAUAAAUAUAUAGUAAGUAAUAACAAACUAUACUUGUGAUUAUAUUGAUCAGCCUAAUAUUUAUCUAAUACGUGAAAAAAGCAAACUGCUCUCUCAAAUUAUUCGAUGUACAGCUGAAACUUCGGCAAAAAUUUCGGCCAUAAAUCGAAGAUAAUUUUUUUCAAAACGUACGACAUUGUUUAUUUAUCUGUCGACGUAUAUGCAAAUUAGAUGAUGCCAGACUUUCAAAGCGCGAUCAUCGAAUCAAAUAUAAAAGCCACCAGACUCGGCGCACUCUCAUUCGAUAAAGUAAUGCUGACAUCUUCACCAACAUCAUGAGAUAAACUUUGUAACUUAUUACUGCAGAAAACCCGAAGCUUACAUUUUCUUUGACUAGCGAAAGGUGCACCACAAGCGAUCGGAUUGUUAAAAAUGACGUGGAUACCAGCAGGCGCAACUGGACAUUGCUACCAGAAUUUGUUCAUGUCAACUUGUGAACCAUCAUUUCUGACUUUUUUGACUUUCCUUACACAUUAUUUGGGAUCUUCAAAAGACGAUAGAUUCAAGAAGACGGAAAAUAAGAAUAAAUUAAAAGAGUUUGAUUUCAUUGUCGUUGGAGCUGGAAGUGCUGGAUGCGUUGUAGCCAAUCGAAUUAGUGAAAUUAAAAACUGGAAGGUACUUUUGUUGGAAGCAGGUGAUGAACAACCACUAAUCGUAGACGUCCCUGGAUUUGCGGGUCUGUUAGGGAAUAGUAGCAUCGAUUAUGGUUACACUUUCCAGACAGACAACGAAGUCUGUAGGGACAAUCCGAAUUCCUGCUUGGAGCCAAGGGGCAAAGUCAUGGGAGGAACUAGUUCCAUCAACGGCAUGGUUUACGUGCGUGGUAACAAAGAAGAUUACAAUGACUGGGCCAAACUUGGCAACCGCGGCUGGAGCUGGGACGAGGUCCUGCCGUAUUUCAAGAAAUCAGAAGACUUGCAAGAUAAAAUACCGCAUGGCAAUCCAAAACAUCAUUCAACUGGCGGUUACUUAGGUAUUUCUCUGCCCGAGAAAGAUAGUAAUAUUGACGUAAUCAUCGACUCUUGGAAGGAACUGGGUUACGAUGAGAUUGAUUACAAUUCCGGUAGCCAAGUAGGUGUUAGUAAAUUUCAAUACACUAUCAAGAAUGGAGUUCGCCAGACUACCAACGCAGCCUUCAUCAGACCCAUUCGCGGUAAGAGGGCCAACCUUUUCGUCAGGCCUAACUCCCACGUGACGAAGAUCAUCAUCAAUCCAAAGACCAAGGUAGCAAUCGGCGUGGAGUACGUCGAGGCCGGUACUAAGAUAACCAAAAGAGCGUUCGCCAAGAAAGAAGUCAUCGUUUCAGGAGGUGCCAUUGAUUCGCCCAAACUGUUGAUGUUAUCCGGAAUCGGACCAGUUGAUGAGUUGAAGCAAGCCGGUAUCAAGCAGAUUCUGGAGUUGCCGGUUGGUAGGCAUUUACAGGAACACGUAGCCGCCAGCCCCGUCACAGUGAGUUUGAAAAACUCGCCUGCUCCUUUCAAGCCCUUCGAUGAAAAGGUGCAAGACGUUAAACAGUGGUUGGCCAACAGAACUGGUCCCUUGAGAAGGAGCGGAGGUUGGGGUGUUAUCCCAUUCAUCCAAACUUCUUACGAGACUCGACCAGGUGUACCAGACAUGGAAAUUCAUUAUCUGACUUCCUUUGACGCUGAAGAAUUAAAUGGUUCUACUGCCUUAUACAAUCUCUGGUCCUACUACAACAAACUGACGGUGUAUACCACACUUGUAACGCCCAAGAGCCGUGGUUGGAUCGAGCUCAACAAGACAGACCCGAUCUGGGGUAAACCUUUGAUCUACCCCAACUUUUACGAACAUCCUGAUGACAUCAAAGCUCUGGUCGAGGGUCUUAGUCUCACCAAAAAGUUCACCGAGACCGAAGCCUUUAAGCAGAGCGAACUAAGCGCGACGAGAACUCCAGCACCAAAGUGUGAGAAAGAUCUAGGAGACGAGGAUAAGUACCACGAGUGCAUAGCUCGAAAUUACUUUCUUCCUUUGUAUCAUCCCUCCUGCUCGUGCAGAAUGGGCCCGAAGAACGACGGCAACGCCGUGGUAGACCCGAGAUUGAGGGUCCACGGUAUCAAACGUUUGAGAGUCAUCGACGCAUCCGUUAUGCCUGUAGUUAUCAAAGGUAACACGAACGCGCCUACUAUCAUGAUCGCUGAAAAGGGCAGUGACCUCGUCAAGGAGGAUUGGCUGGCCCCGCGAAGACACGAGUGGCAUUAAAUGUUUUACACUAAAUGCAUCAGAUUGUUUUUCGUAGUUUUCAGUUGCACUUAGAUGUAAGAUUUACAGUGUUCGAUCAUUAUGUAUGUAUAUAAUCUUCUAGAAUUACGUUUGGUGUGAAAAUGUUGAAUAAAAAAUGAGAUUAAAAAAGCGCUCGCACGCGCAGCA